AUGCUUCCUGAAAUUCCCCGUUUAGAAGACUACGAUAUCUCGCCUUUGACAGGGUUCCUACCGGAAACGGUUCCUUUGGCAAGACUUCCGUCGUAUUUUGAUGCAUGGGAGAACCUUGUAGAGAACCUUCCGGCUCUUAUUCUCACAAAACGAUUGCGAACUCUGGUUGACAAGAUCCCAGUUUUGUCUACUGAUAAUUUAACGACAGAACCCGAAUGGCGCCGAGCUUGUGUGAUUCUGGGAUUCUUAUCACAUGGAUACGUAUGGGCUUCAAGUGACGAGCCUUCAGAACACUUGCCGAAGCAGUUGGCUGAGCCAUGGUUGAAGGUCAGUGACCAUUUUGAACUGCCUCCUAUUAACACAUAUGCUGGUGUCUGUCUCUGGAACUUCAAGACUGUUCUGCCAGCAGAACCGCAAGAGUGGGGUCUAGACAAUCUCGCUACUUUAAACACAUUCACAGGAUGCAUUGACGAGUCGUGGUUCUACCUUGUCAGCACCGCUAUUGAGCGACAGGGAGCACCUUGUUUGGUUGCUGGUCUUGAAGCUAUUCGUGCUUGUAGAGAUUAUGACUCUGACAAAGUGGUCCGAAACUUGCAGUUUCUCGCUGAAUCCAUUGAUGCUAUCAAUACCAGUUUGGGUAGAAUGUAUGAGAUGUGUGAUCCUCAUACAUUCUAUUACCGUAUCCGACCAUUUUUGGCUGGUUGGAAGAAUAUGAAGGACGCUGGUCUGCCACAUGGAGUACGAUAUGGCGAUGAGACCGAGUAUAGAGCAUACUCUGGAGGCAGUAAUGCCCAGAGCUCACUUAUUCAAGCAUUAGACAUUCUAUUAAAUGUAGAGCAUCAUCCGACCGGAGAACAUCAGCAUCGACCACCACCAACUGUACUGCUCUCGAAAGUGACUGAAGCUGGUAUUUCGACACCUAAAAAGAAUAACUUCAUUGAAGAAAUGAGACGAUACAUGCCAGGACCACAUCGAAGAUUCCUCGAGUCACUGACCCAAGUAGCAGAGAUUCGUGAUUAUGUCGUUGCUAAUAGUGAAAAGACGCCAGCAUUGACUCUGUCUUAUGAUGCUUGUCUAGCAAUGCUGCGUACUUUCCGUGACAAGCAUAUUCAGAUUGUGUCUCGAUAUAUCAUUCUCCAGGCACAAGCCAAAAAUAAUGCUGGUCCACGUCCUAUUGCUGAUACACGUCGUCACGGACUCGCUGCUGCAUCUAAAGCCAGCAGAGGAACUGGAGGUACUGCUUUAUUGCCCUUCCUCAAACAAGCUCGAGACGAGACUGGUGACAGUGCUGCUGGAACCUGGGGCAAGCGUUUACUGACUGAAAACCGCAAUCUCCUCAGCAAACUCACUGCCAAGCGCAAUAUCACCUUCAGCUCUGAAAGCGAGCCUGAAGAAAACUCGACCUCGACCAGCUCGGCCUCGAAAUCUAGCAAACGCCUUAAGACUGCCCCGGACACCAGCGAGCUCCGUGGCCUCGCAACGUCAUGGCAGGUCGGUGCUGACGACAAUAGCGGCGUCACCCACUGGUAA